UUGCGUUCGUCUCCCGGAGGCAGUGCGGUCCCGGGCAGUUAUGGGUGAUGAGUCACUACCAUUUUUUAUGGACCAAGGAACCACUAAAACAUUUCAAAUACCCAUUGGUCACUUGGACUACAGGUUCAUUGAAAAAUGCACAGAUGUUAAACACCUGGAAAAGAUUCUCAGGAUAUUAAGAUCUGGUGAGGAGGGAUGUUAUCCUGAACUUACAUUGUUUUGUGAAAAGCGCAUUGAGCACUUAGAUCCAAGGAGCAGGGCUCUGAGAAAAGAAAAGCCUGCAGCCACAGCUUCUGAUUUCACAGCUGAAGAAUGGGAGACAAUUAAUGGUGAACUUAUGAGCUGGGUAACAGAAAUGAAUGAAGAUGAUAAGAAACCACAAUUCCUGAGAACAGAUUCACUACAUGAAAGACAAGAUAAUUUGCCUCCUAUUCGUUGUUCCAGUUGUUUUGCUGCUAAUCAGAACAAAAAUGUACGAAACAAAGAAAGAAACAAGAAAAACACACCACGGGAUUACAGUGAAUGGGAGAAGUUCGAUGUGGAAAAGGAGUGUUCAAAAAUCGAUGAAAGCUGUGAAGAAAGUAACUCAAAAGCAAGAUCCUUUAGCAGGCCAAGUCUACCUGUAAUCAGAAAGAAAAUAGACACAACUGGCAUGACAAAGAAAGAGAAGAUUUUUAUUGCUACUCGUGAAAAAGAAAAGGGCAAUGAAGCCUUCGCCAGUGGUGAUUAUGUGGAAGCAGUGGCAUAUUAUACUCGAAGUGUAUCAGUAAUACCCACUGCUGUUGCAUAUAACAACAAAGCUCAAGCAGAAAUCAAACUUCAGAACUGGGACAGUGCUUUGCAGGACUGUGAGAAGGUACUAGAUAUGGAACCUGGCAACAUAAAAGCUCUGAUGCGUCGUGCUACUGUACACAGUCAGCUGCAGAAUUACCAGGCAGCUAUAGAGGACCUGAGCAGAGUAUUAUGUGUUGAACCACAAAAUGCUAUAGCUAAGAAAAAUCUGCUAGAGGUUGAAAAGAAACUGAAAGGUUUAAAGCCUGUAUCUGACACUCAAGGCAAAGGAAAAAGGAUACUUAUUCAAGACAUAGAGGAUUCAGAAGAAAUCGGCGUGCCAGUCGGAGGCGCGGCGGCUGCGGGAGAGGCUGCGAUGGGCAACGCGCAGAGAAAGUUUCAUAGCAAAGGAGGGGGCAGUAAGGCGGAGAACAGGGAGACACAGAAGCAGAAGGAAUCCACCGAGAGCGGAUUAAAAAAAGGCACAUCAGAGAAAAAUACACAAAGGCAGUUGUCAGACUGUGAAUGUGAAGUUAAUGGCUGUUUACACAGUGACCAAAAAAGUGAAAGCCCUGAAGCUGAGGAGGUCUCGGGAUCGCUUGAAGCAGGGUCUCAGUCGACUGGUGGUGGCAAUUCCAUUUCACUUCCUCCUGCUGCAGCAAAACUAAAAAGUGAAGGAAACGAAUUAUUUAAGAGUGGGCAGUUUGGAGAAGCUGUAUUCAAAUACUCGGAAGCAAUUGAGUAUGUCACUGGUCUAGGAGAACGAAGUCCAGAUGAUUUAAGUAUCUUGUACUCAAACAGAGCAGCAUGUUACCUCAAAGAAGGGAAUUGCAGUGACUGCAUUCAGGAUUGUAACAGAGCUCUGGAGCUUCAGCCAUUUUCCCUUAAGCCUCUUCUACGACGAGCAAUGGCAAAUGAGUGUAUGGAGAGAUAUCGACAGGCAUACAUUGAUUAUAAAACAGUCCUACAAAUAGACAGCAGCAUCCAAGCAGCAAAUGACAGUGCUAAUAGAAUAACAAAGGCAUUAAUAGAUCAGGAUGGUCCCCGUUGGAGGGAGAAAUUGCCACCAAUUCCAGUUGUCCCAGUUGCUGCUCAGCUACACAGAUGGGAUGGAGGAAACUUUACUUCAGAAAAUAUGCCAAGAUGUCCCACAGAGAUCAAAAGAGAACAGUUGUUGAUGAAUCGUGAGGAAGCUGAGCAGAAGUUCAAGACUUUAAAAACUGAAGGGAAUGAUCUUGUAAAAGAGGGUAAAUAUGAAGAAGCUGUAAACAAAUACAGCGAAUGCAUGAAGUUAAAUACCAAGGAAUGUGCAAUCUACACUAACAGAGCUCUCUGUUACUUGAAACUCUGUAAAUAUGAAGAGGCUAAGCAGGAUUGUGAUCAUGUUCUUCAGAUAGAAGAUUCUAAUAUUAAAGCUUUUUAUAGAAGAGCACUAGCGUACAAAGGAUUACAGAAUUAUCAAGCCAGCAUUGAUGAUUUGAACAGAGUACUUCUAAUAGAUCCAAACGUUCUUGAAGCAAAAAAGGAACUAGAGGAGUUAACCCAGCUGCUUAACGUUGACAGCAGUGCUGCAGCUGGCAGUCAAGAAAAGCAAAGGAAGAAAAUAACCAUACAAGAGGUGACUGGAUCUGAUGAAGAGGAAGAGAGACCAUUUGCUACAUCAGAUGUGACUGAUGGCAUUACUUCUAAGGAAGCAGUUCAGGAGAGUGUGUCACUGAAGACCUCUGAAAAACUGCCUAUUUCUGAACCAGCUAAUGCUUACGACUUUGGUCAGAUUAUAAAUGCGGUGAAUAGCAAUAAUGAUAAAGCUGCUUGUGCAAAACUUUUAACAAUUACUGAUCCCAAAAAAUUGCCAGUGCUGCUGAGUAACAAACUUGAAGGAGAUAUCUUUCUGUUUUUCAUCCAGUCAUUGGAAUAUUAUGUAGUUGGAAAAGAUCCUGGUCUUGUAUAUCAGCACCUUUUCUACUUGAGCAAAGCAGAAAGAUUUAAGGUGGUGCUGGCUCUUCUUAGCAAAAGUGAGAAGGAACAGGUUCAACAACUCUUCCGUUUACUUCCAGAAAACCAGAAUAAUCAGUACUCUUCAGAAGAUCUUGAGAGCCUUAAAAAGGUUUAUGAACUUUAAGAACUUAAAAUUUAUUGGUUGCAUGCAUAUAGUUGAUGUUUAGAAGAUGGCUGUUUGAACUCUGAAGACUUGCAUGGGUUGCAGUGGGUCUUUACCCAGGCUGCUUGAAUUCAAUUUUGUUUUGACAGCAUAUGCACGUUCAAAACUUGCUGCUUUUUUUUUUCUUGUAGUUGUAUAAAUUUUUAAUCUCCAGAAUUUAAUGCAUAUCAUUGUGUUCAGUAGCAGAGUUCAUGUAUUUUAGCAUACUGAUUUUAUUUAGACUGGUUUGACUAUAUAAUAUUUUACAUUAGGUAUAUAAUGUUAAAUAUCUUAAUGGUACGAUAGAGAACACUGUUAGUCAUCACUUGCUAUAUCAUUUUGUGAGUUUCUUGUGAUAAAGAUGUGUCUUCAAACUAAACGGGUCAGUUAGCAAUAGCUUUGCUAACGUGAGUUUACAAAAAGUAUUAACAUUUUGCAGAUACACUACUUGGGCCGCCUGUUUCUUCACUGUCCCUGAUAUGUACAAAACAGAUUUAAAUAUUUAUUUCUGUAAUACAGGUAAGCAGCAAAGGGGAAUGAAUAACAUGUUAGCUUGUCAUGGAACACUUUAAAUCACAACAAUUAAUUAUUGAAUAAUUAUUAAAUGGGUAUGGGUUCUGGCAAGCAAGUAGUUUUCAGUGCACAGAGAAUUCUGCUUUUUCCCCUGUGUGUGGAAGGACCAUGUGGUUCACGUGGCCUUGGAGGUGGCAGUUACACGCAAGAGCAAGCGGCUGCGCUUAGCAAUAAAAAUACUUAACUCUGAGUUCCGUAAUCAGCUUAUUUCAGACACCAGCUAUUUCUGUUUACAGACAUUGAUAAAGCCAAAAGUAAAACCAUUUUGUGGACCAGUAUGACUUUUUUUUUAUUUCAGGCAGUACUUUCAUAUUUUGUACUGGAUUCUGACAAAGCUCCUUUUUUAAAGAUACAGCUUUUAAAAUACCCCAGUGCCUUCUUUGCACAUGUAAUACAAAUGUCAAACUCACUGGCACUGCAGAGAUAGCAGCAAGAAUGUUGUUCUAAUGACAUUAUUUCUCAGGUGUAGAUUAACUAAAAAAAAAUAAAGGGUUUUUUUCUUGAAAAGUGUAA